AUGGAUGAUCUGUUAGUUUCAUUUCAGGCAUUGAACUCCACGUGUUAUGUACUUACAGAAAGCCAUUCAAAAGAGAAAAACCACAACAGAUUUUCUCAAACAGGUAUAUAAUCUCUCAGUGUUUUAAAGUACACAGAUCCCGGUUUCCUAUCCUGACUCUCCUAAUUCAGGGAUAAUUUAAUUGAGAAGAAUCGCUGUCUUUCAGAGUUUAUGGUAAAUUUCUUCAAAGGCAGUCUUACGCGAUUUGCGAGAUGCUGCGUCUGAACUACCUGUUUAUAUUUCAUUUUAGUUUCUUUGUGUUUGUUGUUAUUGCUGUUGUUAUUUUUUUUAUUCAUUUAUCUCUACCUAAAAGGUCUAUUUGGUUUAAAAACAGCGAACAGUGGCUUUGGUGCAAAGGUUUGGGUCAAAGGUCUGGCUCUUAUUGACACCUUUACACGUAAACCGGAAAUAAGGCAUGUUGCUUAACAACUCUAUCUGAUUUCAUUUGACAGCACCUCCCGUACUUGAAAACAACCGCGGAAAUGUCCUCAUACAGUUGUUUGGCCACCCCUUUUCAAUCUCUAGCAGUGAAACUCGACAUUGUAUACAUGGAUCCACAAAGGUUGGUUACAAUUACAGUAAAUGGAUUAGUAAACAUUCAAAUUUUAAGUAAAAAAAGAGGUCAAUCGAGAAAUGAUAACGGAAACUGAGAGUCAAGAGGUUGAAUUUAAGCUUAUUCAAAUGGACUGAUUAAUUUUCUUUUUACGAGGAUCAAAAUGUUACAGGAGUUUUAAGUUAUAUGUUUCAUAACCAAUUUACCCAAAGAAAUAUGAGGGGGAAGGGUGUUGGCAAUAGUAGUGAAGUCAGUAAAAAUCUCAGAUGAUAUCGCAGCUGGGAGAAGAAUGUAAUUUCAUUUUGCUCUCGUAGAACACACCUGUAUUAAAAUCUUCUGUACCAAUUAGGAUGCCCGAGGAAGUUAUACCUGCAAGAGUGACUACGCUAAUGUACACGACUACGCAAGAAAAACUAGAAUACACUUGCAGAAUUCGCCGAGGAAAUUGGAUUGCCCGGCAGUCAUGCAGAUUCGAUGUAUUCGGGCGUACAACGAUUACUUCAUCGACAAAGCAAAGUUCCUAUCAGAUAAUAGCUUGGUGAUGGCUAAGAAGGCUAUUCUAAAAGAAAUCAAUGCCAAAUCGAAGAGUGACUUAGUUUAGUUUCCGUACUUCGACUCGGUAAAGAUCCCGUUAAGCUCUUCCCAUGUCAAAGACUCGUCCACGAUAGGACAAUACGUCGAUAAACGUGUAGUUGACAAAAUCUACGACCUCGUAAAGCAAAAUAUAACCAACCUUUCUGAGGUCAAAGGUCUCUUGAUAAAUAUGUUCCUAUUUUCAGGCCAUCCCGAGGAACGAAGGCCAAAGAAAACAAAUAGGAUAUUACCCUUGUCGCCAGGACUUGCGUUGCCAAGGCGAUUCUGCAGUGAAGUAUUGCGAUGACGACCAAGAAGCAUUGGGUAAAAAAAGAAGAUUGGCAAACUAAGUCUCCCAAAAGCAACUAACCGUACCAGAGACGCUGUCAUUAACGAAAAAAAGAUGA